AUGAAGGCUUCCGUCGCUGCCGCCAUCUUGGCUUUCACUGCCUCUGCUACCGCUAAGGGCCUCUUCAACAAGCGCGCCGACUUCCCCAUCCCUUCAUCUGCGGGCACCGUUACCUACGAUGCCGCUGAGGAGAUCUCCGGCACCUUCGAUGGUGGCCUGAAGACCUACGGCCGUGGUGUUUCCUGCACUGGUCAGGACGAGGGUGGCGACUCUGACGCUGUCUUCAUCCUUGCGGACGGAGCUACGCUCAAGAACGCCAUCAUUGGUGCCGAUCAGAUCGAGGGUGUUCACUGCGAGGGUUCUUGCACCAUCGAGAACGUUUGGUGGGAGGCUGUCUGCGAGGAUGCUCUCUCGCUCAAGGGUGAUGGCGAUGCCACUGUCACCGGCGGUGGUGCUACCGGUGCUGAGGAUAAGGUCAUCCAGCACAAUGGUGCCGGAACUGUCACCAUCGACGGCUUCACCGUCGUCGACUUCGGCAAGCUCUACCGCUCUUGCGGAAACUGCAAGGAGAGCGCCGAGCGCCACGUCGUCAUCAAGAACGUUGUUGCUGAGUCUGGCAAGCUCCUUGCUGGCAUCAACAGCAACUUCGGUGACACUGCCACCAUCUCCGGCACCUGCGCCACCGAUGUCAAGGCCGUCUGCACUGAGUUCGAGGGUACCACCCCCGGCAACGAGCCUGAGGAGACUUCUUCCGGCCCUAGCAACGCUUGCAUCUACACCGAGUCUGAGGUUGCUGCGUGCUAG